AUGAAACGACCACUUGAACAUGAUGGAGAUUCAGAACUUCCACCAAAGCGUAACAUACCUACCCUCCCGCCUCAGGCAACCUCCUCCAUCGCACCGCAGACUCUCGGCGGUAAUGGAUCGUGGCCACGCACAUGGAAGCAAAAAGUAGAUUUAUACUACGCCACCAAGGAAGCACUAAGCGAGAAAGAAGCCGUAGGAAUGAAAUGCGACCAGGGCCUCCUCCAAAUGAGCAAAUACGAAGAACGGGGUUUCGCAGCCAAAGGGACCCAUCCCAAAGAGCUGACAGACUUCUUCAAUACGAGCCGCGCGAACGGCACAAUGGGGGACAUCAACCAGCUAUCUUACGAUGCGCGACAAGCUUACGACGAGCUGUGCGUGCGAAGCCGAGACGAGCACAGAAAAGACAUGGCGGCUUUCAAGUGGGAGAUCAGCCACGAUUCGGCGUUCAAUGCUUGGUGUCAGGUGCGUACGGACCUGCGUGCGGCGGACGCGAAAAAUGAAGAUCUUCAUGGCCAGAUCGGGAGGCUUCGAAGUGAAUUUGAAGCGGGGAGAGGGGUGGAGAGCGGAAGCCGGGCUGUUGAGCAAGGCAGGUACAGUGCCCUCGAGGCGGAACUUCAGGCUGAGAAGGAAGCGAAUGUUCAAGUGCGGGAUGAACUGCAGGCUGCGAAGGCAGAGGUGCGGACAGAGAGAGAAGCUCAUAUACGAUUGGGAGUGGAUCUCCAGGCCGUGAAAAUGGAGCUCCGGACGGAAAGGGAUGGGCAUGUUCAUGUGCAGGCGGAUCUCAAGGUCACGAAAUCGGAAUUGGCUGUCGGAAAGGCGAAAUGGGAUAAUAUGAAGCUCCUGUUCGGUGAUAUCACGAGCGCGUUCUCUAGGCGAGGAUAUUAUGAUAGUGUUAUUAAGCCGGAGCCUGGGAAGAAUGCAUGA